UCUUCGAGGCCACUCUAGGAGCCUUUUUAACUUCAAUUUAAGUACCUGGGGACUAAUGACUAUGCUUGUUACAUUGAAUCCUUCACUUGAAAGACUUCUGUUGAUCAUUUCAUUGAUUGAUUCGUUGUAGUAGAAUUAAUAUUCUUCUAUAUCUUUCAUAAGUUGCAGCUUCAGGGGAGGUGUCAGAUACCUGCCAGAGAAUUCACCAUGGCUGAAAUGACCAAGUGUUCAAUGGAGCACGAAUUGGGUUGUGGUCUUAUGGGAGGAAUUUUUCAACUUCGGAGCUACUGGCCAGGAAAAAAAUCAGUACCUUCACUUUCUUCCGAUGGCACCAGCAAUGAUAAUUUGAAACUACCUGUCCUUCAUAAUUCAAAGAAACCUCCUACUCAUGAUUCCAAUAUAAGGCGUAGCACCUCUGCAGACAGUUCCCUUGUCGACUCCAUUUUGGCGAAGCCUUCUCAAAAACCAGACAAAAAACAAAGUAGGAGGCCUAGUUUGGUGCCUCCUAAGUCUACAACUUCUCAGCAGGAAGGUCAUAGCAGAAGGCCUUCAGACGCCGUGAGAUCGACCUCAUCUUCAUCUAGUCCCAGCAAACCCAAGGCGACUAAAUUUCAGGAUUUAACUGACACGAGAAAGCUGAGUAAUGAUCCCCCUUGUACCUCCACAGAACUUAGCACUGUAGUCUUUUCUAAUUGCCGACAAUCUGGUGCUAACAAUGCUCUUGCUCGAGCUACUUCGAGUAAUAUAAUGCUUAUAGGCCAACUGGGGAACCUGAAGCAGCUUGGUACGGGGAGUCUGCUGGGGAAUAAUAGUCCUAAUGCAACAAUUAAGACUGCUGAUUACCUUUACAGGAAUCUUCAAGAGGGAAAUUCCAAGUCUAAACACAGGUAUGGCCAGAGUAGAUUAGGUGAUAAUGGUGUUAUGGGCAAUAUUGUGAAGCAGCCUAGUGGUGAAUUUCCUAAAGUUAAAGGUUUGACGAAUAAAUUGGAUCCUGAAGUAUUGAAGUCGAUGGGAAAUGACGCAUACAAGAAGGGUAGAUUUGCAGAUGCCUUAGCUUUAUAUGAUAGUGCAAUUGCUCUGAAUUCAAAUAAUGCUACUUACAGAAGCAAUAGGAGUGCCGCUUUGAUCGGUUUAGGCCGCCUAAUGGAAGCUCUUGUAGAAUGCAAAGAAGCUAUUAGAAUUGAUCCUUCCUAUUGCAGAGCUCAGCACCGUUUGGCAACAAUAUAUCUCAGACUGGGAGAGGCAGAGAAAGCAUUAUAUCAUUACAAACAGUCAGGCUCCCUUGUUGGCCGUGAAGACAUUGCCAAAGCUGAGGCUCUUCAUAAUCACCUUAUUAGAUGCAAUGAAGCUCGAAAAUUAAAGGAGUGGAGCGAUUUGUUAAAGGGAACCCAAUUUGGAAAAUCAGUUGGUGCUGAUUCGGCUCCACAUGUGUAUGCUCUGCAAACCGAAGCCUUGUUAAGGCUCCAAAGACAUCAAGAGGCCUUUGCCACCUACAAGAAGGGACCAAAAUUUUUCAUUGAACCAUGCACAAAACUGUUUGGCCCUGCUGGUAGCGCUUAUAUCUUGGUCAUGAAGGCGCAAGUUUACAUGGCAACUGGCAGACUUGAAGAUGCUGUGAAAGUAGCUCUGCAUGCAGCUCAACUUGAUCCAAACAACCAGGAGAUUGCUAGCGUAGUAAAGAGAGCUAAAGUUAUAGCAUCAGCCAGACUGAGAGGUAACUUGUUGUUUAAAGCAUCGAAAUACUUGGAGGCAUGUAACAGGUACAACGAAGGACUAGAGUACGAGCCAUACAACUCAAUCUUACUAUGCAAUCGGGCAGCUUGUCGAUCUAAGCUUGGCCAAUAUGAAAAGGCUGUGGAAGAUUGCACGACCGCACUUAUUUUGCAGCCUUCUUACAGUAAGGCCAGGCUACGCAGGGCAGAUUGCAAUGCUAAGCUAGAAAGAUGGGAAGCAUCAAUUCAAGACUACGAAAUUCUGAUUAGAAAGAUUCCAGGAGAUGAAGAGGUGGGGCGUGCAUUGUUUGAGGCACAAGUGCAGCUUAAAAGGCAACGUGGCGAAGAUGUUAAGGAUAUGAAAUUUGGUUCAAAUCUGAUUCAAAUUUCUAGCAAUGAACGGUUUAGACACUUUGUAACCUUACCUGGGAUGGCUGUGGUACUAUUCUGUAACAAGGCCAAUCACAAGCCAGAAUUGCAGCUUAUGGAACAAGUCUGCAGGAGAUUCCCAUCUGUCAACUUCCUCAAGGUGGAGGUGGAAGACCAUCCUUACUUAGCUAAAUCAGAGGGUGUAAGCUCCGUCCCAGCCUUCAAGAUAUACAAGAAUGGAUCAAGAGUCAAAGAAAUUCCAGGAAACAGCCUUGAAUUGUUAGAAAAAUCAGUUAAAUUAUACGGCAGCUAAAGAUAUACACACACACACAUUUGUAUUUGGACAAAAAAACUAACAGAGAAUUUGCUGAGACAGAAAGAAAGAAAAGAAAAUAAACAAGAUGUGAAAAGAUAAUGUGGGCUCAUGGCCUCAAUGAACUUGGCAGAGAAAAUGAAGAUAAGAAGGAAUCAUUGAGUAAAUUCAUGAAGAGAGACGAAUUGGUUAGUGAUGAUAAUUUCUAUAUUAAUUCUUUUUUUAUUGACUUUGACUGGAUGCUUAACCAAUGUUUGUUGGUUGAGAUCUUUUGUUUGUUUAUUAGGUAAAAAAGUUGUGGAAGAUUUGAUUAGACAUGUUGAUUUUACUAGCAGAACAAGAUUUUGAUGGGGGCCUUCAUUGUUUUGGGUUUGUCUUCUCCUCACAAUUCUACCCUCUAUCUAUUUAUAUUCGAAGG